AUGGUACAGCAGCUGGACAGUGGCGCGAUGCUUGCGUGGGCUGCGACAUGGUUGUCCGAGAGCUUACAGUGUAUGUUCUAUUUGGUGCCGCCGGAGCGCCUGGCUCUCACCAGAGGAGAGAAGGUCCCAAACCUCAUCGCAAAACAUGGCUUCGGCAUGUUCCUUCUCAUGAUUGCUACGGAGAUUGGUGUCGGGACCGUCGUUGCCAAAAAGAGUCUGUAUCGGUUCAACGACCUGCUGGCAUCCAUCUCUUCUGGCACUUGCCAGCAGCUUGUGGUGGCCUUAAUGUCCAAGUUCGCAGAUCCCAAAGCGGCAUACCGGUUGGUGAAUGACACUUGCCGCCUGGUCGACUUCGAUGUGAAAGGCAAGCCGCUGACAACAUGGAUUUGCCUUUUUCUUGGUAUGGACCUGGCCUACUACUGGGCUCACCGGAGCAUGCAUGAGCUGCAUACCGGAUGGGCUGCCCACAGUGCGCACCACUCCGGUGAAGACUACAAUCUAGCCACGGCACUUCGGCAAGGAGCUCUGCAGCCCAUGAUGACAUGGAUUUUUUCCUUGCCCCUUGCAUGUGUCUUUCCGGCAGAGUCUAUCUUGAUACAUACACAGCUCAACACAAUGUACCAGUUCUGGAUUCACACAGAACUGUGCGGCCGCCUGGGCAUUCUGGAAUACGUUUUCAACACGCCCUUCCACCACAGAAUGCACCACCGUCCGCCUGGCAACUGCAACUAUGGUGGGGUCCUGAUCAUCUGGGACCGACUUUUCAGCACAUACGAAGCUGAAACAGAGCGUCUGGAUUAUUUCGGGCUGGCACAGCCAGCGGGAACUUUCAAUGCAGUGGAGUUGAACCUGCAGCACUGGCGCAAAAUGGGCCGCUUUCAUCUUCUACGCGGUGGCUGCUUCUGGCACCUGCUGCGCUCUUCGGUAUCCAAGCGAGCUCACCACAAGUUUUUAUGGACGCCGAGCCAAUUGGUUCAUAAGUAUGCGGCCAUGCUGGAGGAUAAGAGUUCGUGGAGCUUGCCCGAGAAGGAGGUCAGACCAAAAUAUCGUGGAGCAGAUUUACAGUUGAUUGGCAAAGCUGUUGCCAUCGCAAUGUACCUCGGCGGCUUCGUGUGCUUGCAGAGGGCUGACAAGCCGGACCAGCGGGCGAAACUCCAGCUGCUGUGUGCAGCGGCCGGAGGCUUCACUUGGCUGCAAGCACUGGGCGAUUUUCUGGACAAGGGCUACCAUUCAUGGCUUGGUGGCAAGGUCUUCCUGGCCGCUGCGCUCACGGCCUUAGACUCAGGUGUCUUUGGAUGGAUGCCGCGCGCGUGA